AUGGACUCAGAGCCACCUCUGCACCCACGAUUGCCACACUGUCUAAGCUCGAACGAUGCAGACUCUCUGCAUAAACUGGGGUUACUCGACUUGUUGGAACACGAUCCGCGACCAACGUUCGUGCUGGACUCGAGGGACGCAAAAGAUUCGGCUGCUGUUUGUGAGCCCAUCUACCGGAACAAUGCCAUGAUGGCUUUGGGUCUGGGGGAACUAGCAAACGAAAAUUCUGAGUGGGUUAGAGAGGGACACGGUGAGCUGUUCUGGCGGUUCCGCUCUUGGGCUUCCCAUGAUAACAGCGAGCUUUUGACUUUCUGCAAGCAUAGCUGGAGAAGGUGUUUGAUCGCAAGUCGUUGGGUUGUCAUAAGCGGAUCAUCCGUGAACGUUCCCAUACUCGGCGCAAACACAAAGGUCGAUGGAGAAGCAAUUUCCAAAAAGAGUUCGAGAUCGAACUUCGCAACGUUUGACUGGACGGAUGACCCUCCUCCAAUAAAACUAACAGCUCAUGUAUCCUGGGCACGAGGCAUCGACUGGGCGAACACUCCUCUUGGGCCCAUGAAAGGAUGGUCUCCACAGCUACGCAGCAAUGCCAGCCUGAUCAUGCAGGACCCAAGGCCGGCCGUUGGAUUUUACGGACCCGAACUGAUCAUGAUUUACAAUGAGCCUUACAUACAGCUUCUUGGCGGUCUUCACCCUUGUAUGGGUCGCAGCGCUCGGGAAGUUCUGGCAUCUGUCUGGAACGAUUAUUUCGAACCAAUCAUUAUACAAAACCUUGCUGGCGAGGUCGUCGACGAUUCCAACACCGAGAUUCCGUUGAUACGUCAUGGUUAUGUGGAAGAGACCUACUUUUCAACUCGUUUCAUACCGAUAUUCGAUUCUGAAGGAGCGACAAUUGGUCAUUACGAACCUGUUGUUGAAACGACCAAGGAAGUAAUUCUGGAAAGACGUUCUCAAACACUUUUAGAGCUAAGUCAGGAGCUACCUCGGGCACGCGAUUCCGAAGCCUAUUGGGACCACGCUGUUCAAGUGAUGGCUCGGAACGCCAAAGAUGUCCCGUUCGCGUUGUUCUACUCCACAGAGAUCAAUGACAGCAGUGGGAACUCAACCCCUGAAAACGGCACACCUGAUAGCCAACACCAAUGUACACUCCGAGGAUCUACUGGUAUACUGGAGAACUCAUCUAUCCCCGGAAACCUCGACUUACAGCAGGAUUACGGCAUCAUCAAAUUCUUCAAACAAGCCGUGAUCGAGGAUAAGCCCGUCAUCAUACAUCUCACCGGAGAUUCCGAGGUAUCGCAGUUGGCACAGAGUGUCAAACUGCACACUUCUGGUGAUACGUGUAAGAUGGCUGUCAUCUGUCCUUUGCGCCCAGCGUCUGAGGAUAUUAUACUUGGAUUCAUGGUGCUUGGUCUCAAUCCUCGACGGCCAUAUGACCAAGAACACUCUCAGUUCAUCCUUUUGGCGAGCCGCUUAGUGGCUACGUCACUUUCUUCAAUGGUCUUGUACGAAGAAGAUAUAGGACGCCGGGAACGUGCCAUUACCACUGCCGAGCUCAUCAAAUCAGAGCUCAGACAACAGUUGAUAGAGUCCAAGAAGGAUGCCGAUCGUGGUAAUCUGAAAUUCCAGGCAAGUUCACUUGCUGUUGUUUCGCAGUCCAUUUGUGUGUGA